AUGAAAUUCACGGAGAAGCUCGCAACAUUUUUAACACCAGAAUGGCGGAGUCAAUACAUCCACUAUGAGCAAUUAAAAGAAAUGAUCGUAAGGGCUGUCGAUAAUGCGCCGACCGACCAAUCUGAUCUCCGUGCCGUUCAGUCCUACUAUGCGGUCAUCGAUGAUAAAUUCUUUGAGCGCUGCGACAUGGAAUUGCAAAAAGUCAAUACAUUUUUUGCCGAAAAACUGGCAGAGGCCAAACGUAAACAUGUUGCAUUGAAAACAGAAUUUCUCGACAAUACUACCACGACGCAAAACUAA